AUGAGCUACACUUCGACAGAGGCAGAGAUUUCCAAGUGCGUUCAAUUGCCGGAGUCAGGACGUGGCAUCUACACAAAGGAGGACGAUAGUGUGGCCGCACCGCCCGUCCCUCUUUGGAAUGCUGUAUCGAUGCUUGCAGAGCUCAAGGCUUUCUGGUUGCAGCUAGAAAGGAGUUCUUUGGGAUGA